UCCAAAUCAUUGCGGCCUGAAACAUUUUCAGAGCAGUUUUGUUGUCUAACAUAAAUAAUAUCGUUUCACAGUUUGUGGUUGCGCCUGUAAGAUACCAGUGAACAAUAUGGUAUCAGAUGUAGAGAAAAGCGAGGACAUUUCCACUGAACAACCAGAAAAACGGACGUCGGCGAACACGGAAGCUGCAAAGGAUGCUCAACACAGCACUGUUGUCGCAUCGCAUUAUAAUAAAAUAGAGGAGCGUGGAAUAUUCGAGCGGACGAAGUCGAACAUAUUUUUCAUGCGCAACUUUAAUAACUGGAUUAAGAGUGUUGUUAUAGACAAGUACGCCUCAUUAGUGAAGAACAAGAUACGUACAGGAUCGCCGUUUCGUGUGCUUGAUCUUUGUUGCGGUAAAGGUGGUGAUCUCAUGAAGUGGGACAAUUUACGAGUAACCCAUCUAAUAUGUACCGACAUCGCUGAAGUGAGUUUAGAGCAGUGUGAAUCCCGAUACAAACAUAUGUUCGGCUCGAAGGAAGGGUCUAGGUCUGCCUUUGUUCGGAAGGUAGAGUUUUUUGCAGCGGAUGCAACGCUGCAGCAGCUACGGACGAAGUACGAAGAUCCUUCAAUGAAACUAAACUUGGUCAGCUGCCAGUUUGCCUUCCACUAUUCCUUCGAGACGUUUAAGCAAGCGGAUUGCAUGCUCAAGAACGCUGCAGAGUGCUUGGAAGAAGGGUUCUACUUCAUCGGGACGAUUCCGGACGCUAACGAAAUCAUGAAACGGCAGCGGACCGCUAUGUCCGAUUCUUUCGGGAAUGCUAUUUACAACAUAAAGUUUCUCUGCGACACAGAAAAACCACCAUUGUUUGGUGCUAAAUACAACUUUCGAUUGGACGACGUAGUGGACUGCCCGGAGUUUUUGGUCCAUUUCCCAACGCUGGAGAAACUGGCACUGAGACACGGUUUGCAAUUAGUCGAGAAGAAACGUUUCGAGGAGGUUUUUGAGGAAUGGAAAAAAGGAAAACAUUUUUUGCUUGAGCGAAUGCAAGCUCUUGAAACGUACAACUCACAGGAUGUGAGACAACAGGACGAACAGGUGAAGCCACUGGAUCAGUACCAGCACGUCGAAUGUGGCGGACAGCAUUAUAGAGUGGGAACUCUAUCGAAAAAUGAAUGGGAAGCCGCAACUCUAUAUUUAUUUUUUGCAUUUCGAAAGAUGAAAACCAACUAUGACAAAAAAGGUAGACCCGUCUACUCUGACUGAACUCGGAAACUGUGGGAAAUAUUAUUUUAUAGUAGAAGGAAAAGAAUAAAUAUCUGACAAAGGAAC